AUGUCAUUUGAACGUCCAAGCGUGUACUCGGCGCCAGUCUUACAAGGUGAAAGUCCAAGUGAUGACUCCCAUAAUCAAAUCACCAAAGCUUUCCGUAAAUUCAUAUUGGAGUUCAGAUUAGACUCACAGUUUAUCUAUAGAGAUCAAUUACGUGAAAACUUGUUGAUCAACAAUUACUUUCUCAAAGUUGACAGUGAACACCUUAUUGGAUUUAAUGAGGAAUUAAACAAGAAAUUGACUGAUGAUCCAUCUGAAAUGAUUCCGCUUUUCGAGAUUGCUAUUACUGAUAUUGCUAAAAGAAUUGCCUACUUGUCAAAAGAUGAAAUUCCUACAAAUUUUCCAACUUGUCAACUAAUUUUAUAUUCGCAUGCCAAUAAAGUUUCAAUAAGGCAUUUGGAUUCUGAGCACAUUUCAAAAAUUGUUAGAGUUAGUGGUAUUGUUAUUUCUGCUUCUGUUUUAUCGUCAAGAGCCACUGAAGUACAAUUAAUUUGUCGUCAAUGUAAACAUACUAUGCAAUUGAAGGUCAAGUCCGGAUUCGGUCCUAUUCAAUUACCUAAAUGCCAAAGUCCUCAUAAUAUUGAUCCAAAUUCAACUCAAGAAAAGUGUCCACAGGAUUCAUAUGUUAUAGACCACGACAAGUCGCACUUUGUUGAUCAACAAAUAUUAAAGUUACAGGAAUGUCCAGAUAUGGUUCCUGUUGGUGAAAUGCCUCGUCAUAUUUUGUUGCAAAGUGAUAGAUACUUGACCAAUCAAGUUGUUCCUGGUACGAGAGUAACUAUUGUUGGUAUUUACUCAAUUUUCCAGUCUAAACAAAGAGCAGGUAAUAGCAGUGCCAGUAACGUUGCCAUCCGUAAUCCUUAUUUGAAAGUCCUUGGAAUUCAAACAGAUAUCGACAAUGGUGCUAAUGGACAAGGUAUCACAUUCAGCGAGGAAGAAGAGGAAGAAUUCCUAAAAUUAUCUAGAAUGUCCAACUUGUAUGACGUGUUUGCCAAUUCCAUUGCCCCUUCCAUUUACGGGAACCUGGAUAUCAAAAAGGCAAUCACUUGUUUGUUGAUGGGAGGAUCUAAAAAGAUUCUCCCCGAUGGAAUGAGAUUAAGAGGUGACAUCAAUGUCUUGUUAUUGGGUGACCCAGGUACUGCUAAAUCUCAAUUGUUGAAAUUCGUCGAGAAAAUAGCUCCCAUCUCAGUUUAUACUUCUGGUAAAGGUUCAUCUGCUGCUGGUUUAACUGCUUCUGUGCAAAGGGACCCUCAAACUAGAGACUUCUACUUGGAAGGAGGUGCAAUGGUGUUGGCUGAUGGUGGUGUUGUGUGUAUUGAUGAAUUUGACAAAAUGAGGGAUGAAGAUAGAGUAGCCAUUCAUGAAGCAAUGGAACAACAAACUAUAUCCAUUGCCAAGGCUGGUAUCACGACAAUAUUGAACUCAAGAACAUCUGUUUUAGCUGCAGCUAACCCGGUUUUUGGAAGAUAUGAUGAAUUCAAAUCACCAGGAGAAAACAUUGAUUUCCAAACCACAAUCUUGUCUAGAUUUGAUAUGAUUUUCAUUGUCAAAGAUGAUCAUAAUGAGAGUAGAGACCUUUCUAUAGCUCACCAUGUUAUGGAUGUUCAUGCUGGUGGUAAAACUCAGGAGUUGCAACAGGAAGGUGAAAUACCGGUUGAAACAAUGAAGAGGUAUAUUCAGUAUGUCAAGUUGAGAUGUGCACCUCGCUUAACCGCUGAAGCCUCUGAGAGGUUGUCUUCCCAUUUCGUUUCCAUCAGAAGAAGAUUACAAAUUAACGAAAAUGAAAUGAAUGAGAGAUCAUCUAUUCCCAUUACUGUUCGUCAGUUAGAAGCCAUAAUUCGUAUAACGGAAUCAUUAGCGAAAUUGAGAUUGAGUCCAGUUGCCACUGAAGAACACGUAGAGGAAGCUCUCAGAUUAUUCACUGCUUCUACUAUGGAUGCUGUUGAUCAAGGUUUCGGAAACAGUGCUGACGCUAACUUGAAUGCUGAAAUCAAGAAGGUUGAGCAAGAAUUGAGAAGAAGAUUACCAAUCGGUUGGUCUACUGCCUAUAGAACCUUAAGGAAAGAGUUUGUUGAUUCCGGUAAAGCUAGUAGCUCCGCAUUAGAAAAGGCAUUGUAUAUUUUAGAAAGACAUGAGGUUAUCAAGUUCAGACAUCAAGGUCAAAAUAUACUUAGGGUUGGGGUUUAG